GUUUGCUUUCCAACACACAAAGGAACCUGUGUGUGCGUGUGCGCGUUAUUAGCGUGCUGCUUUACUCACUGCAAGACGCACACGGAAGUAACACUGGCUAGUCUUUCUGCCGUAGUGUCGAACUGCUAUCUCACUCACGCGCAUCAAGCUCACAGACUCGCCACACAUAUAUCUUACUUCGUGUUUUUCUUUUUUGAACUCUAUGUUUCGUGGACGGGGUCGAGGCAACGGUGCCGGUCGCGGUCGCGGUGCACACCCCUCCGCCCAGCGCACCUCCGCCGUUCCCGCCUUCCCGGUUGUUUCUCGCGGGGCCCCUGCGGCGGCGCAGGAGGAGUCGCCCGCUGCCACCUCCGCACCGCGUCGUUCCUCCCUCAAAGGUGCCACCGCGGAUCACCACCACCAACACCACCGCAGCGGUGAAGACGAUGACGCACCGCCGGUGGCUGUGAGUGCGCGCCGCAGCGGUGGUGCAGCGGCUGCAGCGGAGGAGGAAGGUCACGCCGGUUUUGUGCCACCGAGCUCCGCGCGCGGGGGCGGAGGCGAGGACCGCGGCCGUGGACAUGAUCGUGGGCUGUCUCGCGGUCGCGGUAGCUUCCGCGGUGGUCGUGGCGACGGUGGGUUUCGCGUUGGUCGUGGUGGUGCCGUCGGCCGCGGCGCCGAUCGCAACUUCCGGGGCGGUCGCGGUGGGGCGUACGCCCAGCAGCGCGGCCGCGGCGGCUUUGCACGCGGCGGUGGUGCCCCGCGACACGACGACGACGGCAACGCCGAGGAAGACGCACGCGAGGAGAAGAAGAGCGACGGCCCCACCCGUGUCAUCACCACCGUGACUGAUAGUGGCACGGAGCUACCGCGGAAGCUGAACACGAAGGUGUUCCUUGACGGUCUGCCCUACACCUACACCCCUGAGCCGGGCAAGCCGACCUUGGAGGAGGAGGUGCUGCAGUUCGCGGCGGCUUGGAAGGUGGGCAAGCCGCUACGGCUCAUCAAGAAGCCCGGCCAGGGGUUUGGGUUUCUCGUUCUGCAGUCGCCCAACAGCGUGGCGACGGCGGUGCGUGUGCUGAAUGGACGCAAGUUCCUGGGGCGUGCCUUGCGCGUCGAGGAGCCGAAGCCGAAGGACCUGGAGAAGAUGAAGGACAUUGGCGGCAUGAAGGAUAUGGGCAAGGACAGCUUCACUCGUCAGGUGCUGCUGACGGACCUGGCCAAGGUGGCCCAGCCGGAGAUUAUUCGUGAGGUGCUACGCGACGUCGCCCCGCAGCUGGAGAAGAAGCUUGAGGCGAUCAAGAUGACCUCGCAAAACCGCAAGGCCUUUCUCACCUUUGAGUCCGAGACGGAUGUGGCGCCGGCAAUCACCUUCUUGGACGGGUUUCACCUUUUAGGUCGCCGCAUCAGCGCGGCACAGGCAGCAGCGCCCGGCUCGCUUCCCUUCUCCCACGGUGGCACCGGGCCCUCACGUGGUGGCUUAGCGGCGGCUGCGGCUGCAGCGGGGGGUGCCAGUGCAUCGAAGAACCCGGCCGCCGUUGCGAGCCACGAAGUGGACGAGGAGGAGGAGCUGACGGUAGUCCCACUCGGCAUGGCGCCGGUGAAGUCGUCCGCUGCCCCCUCCACCUCCACUCCCUCUUCAGCCGCGGUGCGGCGUCGCGAGAACGCUGUCCAGGCCACUGCGGCAUCAGCGUCGGGCGCCGGCAGCAACGUCACCGGCCGGACGGAGAAGUACAACCUGCUGGACGACGGUCCGAAGGAUAUUUACGUCGGCAACGUUGGCGAGGACGUGACGGAGUCGCAGCUGCGGCAGCACUUUACCCCGUGCGGGGCCAUCCGCAAGUGCGAGAUCCUCGUGCACCCCGAGACGCACCUCUCCACCGGCAUCGCGCACAUCGAGUUCGCCGUGCCUGCGUACGCGGCCUACGCACUGGAUCGCUACCACGGCUCGCGCCUGCGCGGGUGCGUGCUGCGCGUCGACCGCGGUGAUGCGGCGAGCGUGCCACUGGCGGCGGAGCUGCCACCAGCGGAAGCCGAAGACGACUACGACGAGGACGCUUUCAUGGAGCGCUACGGUGUCAAGGACAAGAAGACGUUCUUCAGGGGCACCUCGGUGGCGGCGGAGAUGGGCGCCGCCCCGGACUUUGAGGAAGAGGAAGAGGAAGCGGAGGAGGACGACACGGCGGUGGCGGCCAACAAGAGGGGAAGAAGAAGAAGAAGGUGA